AUGCCAUUGGCCGGGAGGAAAGACAAGGGCGGGGCGAAUGCAGAGCGUGGUCGGGAUCAUGGUAAUGAGGGAUGCGAGGCAUGCCGGGAUGCCGUGCGCAGGGGCACACCGGCGGGGAUUGAAUGGAGCUCGGUGGCCGCGAGUCCGACCGGGGCCGUGCGGGACGGGCGGGGAACGGAGGCCGGAGGCGGCUGCGGGCGGCACGGCCGUGACCGUGGCCUCAGGGAGCCCCGCGGGGCAUGGGUGUGUGUGGGCGGCAUAAAUCGGGAUCGCUUCUCGGCCUUUUGGCUAAAAUCAAGUGUAAUAUUUGUUCUUAUCAGUUUAAUAUCUGAUACGUCCUGGAUUAGAGGAUUUUCCAUUAAACGGAUUUUUCGGCGCUGGAGUUGGAUCCGGAGCUUGCUUCCCUCCGCUCCGCGCAUCGUCUUGACUCUUCCCCGCUGCGCUGCCGCCGCCCUCAGCGCUCCCCGGCCCCCUCAGCCCCUCCCGCCCCGCCGCAGCUCACGAGCCGGCAGCUGCCGCUCGCCCGCCAGCACCUCCGGCACUUCUCCCGCGCUCCGCAACUGCUGCCGCUCCCCACGGGGCAGGAACAAUGGCGGCCGCGGCCGGCAGUGGCAGCUCCUCGCUGUGCCUCGGCAGCGCCCAGGGGGAGGAGCUGCCGCGCUGCCGGCGCCUCUGAUUGGCUCUGUCUGCCCAGGCGUGGGCGGGACUUCCUAUUCCGGACCCAGCUCUGGGCGUCCGCUCGGCUCCUGCGAGGCCACCGUCUGCGGAGGGUCCGGUCCAGGGUCUCCCUCCCAGCGCUGUGUGGUCGGCAGGAGCCUGCCGGGGCCGGCGGUCAGCAGCUUCCUGUGCGCUGAGCUCUUGGUCGUCCUCCUGCUCUGCGUCCCCUUUGUGCCGGCUGCAGGUGGGGCCACAGCAGUGACCUCUUCCCCCACCAGCAUGGCCUUACAGAAGGAUCCAGAGAACAGCUGGGAUGAGAACUACCCCGAGAACAAGAUGAAGGAGCAGAAGUGUAGCCCAAAGGGAGAGGAUGAGAAGAUGGAGAAUAGAGAGGAGAAUGAUGACUAUGAUAAUGAUUUGUAUGAGGAGGAAGAUGAGGAUGAAGCUGAGCAGCUGGAUCAGUGCCCUGAGUGUGGGCAGAGCUUCUCAGCUGUCUCUGAGUUGAUGAAGCAUCACUGCCCCCGCCCUGGCUCCUGGCCCUUCAUCUGUGGUGACUGUGGCAAGAGGUUCAGCAGGAACAAUGACCUCAUACAGCACUGCCUCACCCACACCAGUGUGAAGUCGUUCACCUGCAGGGACUGCGGGAAGAACUUCAAAACCAGCUCUACCCUCACCAUCCACCGCCGCAUCCACACUGGAGAGAAGCUGUUCCCCUGUGCUGAGUGCGGCAAGAGCUUCACCACGAGCACUUUAUUCAUCCAGCACCAACUCAUCCACAGCGGUGAAAAGCCCUACAGCUGUGCCCACUGUGGGAAGAGCUUCACACUCAGCUCCACCCUCACCAAGCACCAUCGUGUGCACACUGGUGAGAAGCCUUUCACCUGUGCAGACUGUGGCAAGAGCUUCACAGAGAGCUCAAACCUCACACGGCACCGUCGUGUGCAUACUGGGGAGAAGCCUUUCACCUGUGCUGACUGUGGCAACAGCUUCAAACACAGCUCUACCCUCAGCAUUCACCGCCGCAUCCACACUGGAGAGAAACUCUUCCCCUGUGCUGAAUGUGGCAAGAGCUUCACCACGAGCACUUUAUUUAUCCAGCACCAACUCAUCCACAGUGGUGACAAACUGUACAGGUGUGCCCACUGCAGCAAGAGCUUCACCUGCAGCUCCUAUCUCACCAAGCAUUGUCGUGUGCACAUUGGUGAGAAGCCUUUCACCUGUGCUGACUGCGGCAAGAGGUUCAAACAUAUCUCCACACUCACCAUCCACCGUCGCAUCCACACCGGAGAGAAGCUGUUCCCCUGUGCUGAGUGUGGCAAGAGCUUCACCACGAGCACUUUGUUUAUCCAGCACCAACUCAUCCACAGCGGUGACAAACCCUACAGCUGUGCCCACUGCGGCAAGAGCUUCACACAGAGCUCCAACCUCACCCAGCACCGUCAUGUGCACACUGGUGAGAAGCCUUUCACCUGUGCUGACUGUGGCAAGAGCUUCACCUGCAGAUCCUAUCUCACACAGCACCGUCUUGUGCACACUGCUGAGAAGCCUUUCACCUGUGCUGACUGUGGAAAGAGCUUCACCCGCAGCUCCACCCUCACAAAGCACCGUCGUGUGCACACUGGUGAGAAGCCUUUCACCUGUGCUGACUGCAGCGAGAGCUUCAGCAGCAUCUCCAAUCUUACCAAGCAUCGCCGCAGUCACAUGAGUGAGCAGCCCACACUGUCGGGGAGGCACAAAUCGAUCCAUCCAGUGUCGGGUUAA